CGAACUCAUACCAAUAAUUGGAACACGGGUUGGGUCGGGUUCUACGGGUUGUGUAAUCCAAAAUCCAAACCCAACCCAAAAGAGGCGGGUUGUAUAAAAGAAAACCCUCACCCAACCCAAAACCUUCGAUUUAGCAUAAAUACGGGUGGGUUGGGUUGGACGGGUGGGUCGGUUUGCGGGUGUGUUUGUUCACCCCUAUCUGAAGGUAAUGCCUCUGGACGAUCAAUUUCAAGUUGCUUGCAUUACUGAUAAGAUGCCCCCUUCGUGGAAAGAUUUUAAGAAUAUGCUUAGACAUAAAACCAAAGAAUUUUCGCUGGAAAGCUUGAUUACUCGCCUAAGGAUUGAGGAAGAGUCCCGCAAGCAGGAUAUGAAAGAAGAGGUGAUGGUCGUCACUGCUAAACGACCCACCCAUAGAGCUCUUAAACCUAACCAAAAAAGGUUUAAGAGUAAGAACCAACAGGUCCUCUCCCAUCAGAAUGGUGCCUCUCGAGGUAACCAAAGGGUCAUGGCCCAAACCUCUAAGAAUGACCCACCGUUUAUCUUCUAUAACUGCGGUAAACCGGGUCAUAUGGCAAAAAAGUGCAGGAACAAGCAUAACCCUGUUGCGGCCAGGAUUAACUUGACAGAAGAGGAUUUGGUAGCCAUGAUCACGGAUAUGAUCGCUGAAGUCAACCUCACUGGUGACUCAGAAGGAUGGAGGCUGGAUACAGGUGCAUCGAAGCAUGUAUGCAACAAUCGUGCUAUGUUUAAAACAUACACAGAAGCACCUGCUGACAAGAAAGUGUUGCUGGGGACUACUCACACCACUAUGGUUGCUGGUUCUGGUGAAGUGGAGCUAAACUUCACCUCUGGGAAGAAGAUGGUGCUCAAGGAUGUGUUGCACACUCCAGAGAUAAGGAAGAAUCUUGUUUCGGGAUAUCUUCUUAAUAAGGCUGGGUUUAAUGAAUAUUGGGGCAGACUUGUAUACCCUUACUAAGAAUGGGAGUUUUGUGGGAAAGGCAUAUGCAUGUAAUGGGAUGUUCAAGUUGAAUGUCGAAUUAAUAAGAUGAACUCUUCAGUUUACAUGGUGUGUGAUUUAAAUGUUUGGCAUGCUCGUCUUUGUCAUGUGAACACACGAAUUGUGAAGAAUUUAAGCAAGCUAGGACAUAUCCCUAAACUCUCAAUGAAUGAAUAAAUGUGAU